AUGGCUGAUUCUCCCAAAAACCCCAACCCUUCACACAAACCAAAACGACCCUGCGAUUAUUGCAGCAAUUCAACCGCAGUUCUCUACUGCAGAGCUGACUCUGCCAAACUCUGUUUCUCCUGCGACCGUGAAGUCCACUCAACAAACCAGCUUUUCUCAAAGCACACACGCUCCUUAAUCUGUGACUCCUGCGAUGAUUCACCUGCUACUAUACUCUGUUCAACGGAAUCCUCUGUUUUCUGUCAGAAUUGUGAUUGGGAAAAGCAUAAUCUCUCGCUUUCUUCUCCGCAUGAAAGAAGGCCUCUUGAGGGCUUCACUGGGUGUCCUUCGGUUAGUGAACUGUUGACGAUUGUUGGGUUGCAGGAAAUCGGGAAAAAAUCGUUGCUUUUGGAUCAGGAAGCUUUUGGAGAUGGGUUUUUAGGGUAUGAGAUUGAAGGGGUUUCUGAUUUGUUUGUUUGGGAUGCUCCCACUUUUGUUAGUCUUGAUGAUCUUAUUUCUUCUUCUCCUUCUUCUCAUAAUUAUACUGCUAUGGAGGUUCCUCUUUUGCCUAAGAAUCGUAAGGCUGCUUGUGGAAGACAGAAAGAAGAGAUUUUAAGUCAGCUUCGCGAGAUGACAAAGUCUGAGCCUUUGGAUUAUGAAGAUUAUAUGCCACCGAGGAAUUUAUCUACAGAUUUUGAACACGACACUAAGGCUGAUAUCGUUCCUUCGAAUGAGUGGCUCAGAGAAAGCAGCGAACCUAUGUAUCAAGUUGUAUCGGUUGAUACGUCAAUCAGAUCUCAUACCGAAGAAAUUCCAGUUAAACAUUCUGUAUCUUCUGUCGGGGAGCCUCAUACCCACAUGACGACACCUUCAGAAUCUCUUAAGUCUGAAACCUUUUCAACUACUACACCUAAAGCUCUUCCUCCUCCAUAUGAAUUAGCGAGUCAAGAAAGGGAUUCUGCAUUGUUGCGGUACAAGCAGAAGAAGAAAACAAGAAGAUACGACAAGCAUAUAAGGUAUGAAUCCCGAAAAGUUCGGGCGGAGACGCGAACACGAGUUAAGGGCCGAUUUGCCAAGGUAGAGCAGUGA